CACAAGUUCGAAUCCGGCUCAUAUCAUACACCAAUCGACGCAUCUCCAAAGCAAACUCCGCAACCUCGGGGAUGGCUCAAUCUCAUUCUGCACAAAUCCCAGUGAUCGAGCAGCAGAGAGUGAUAAUUCCGAAUAAACAUGGAGAAAAACUGGUGGGGUUAUUGCAUGAAACCGAGUCUAAAGAGAUUGUAGUCUUAUGUCAUGGUUUCAGAUCUUGCAAGGAUUACAGGAUCAUGGUAAACCUUGCUGCUGCUUUAGAGAAAGAAGGAAUCAGUGUCUUUCGUUUCGAUUUUUCCGGAAACGGAGAAAGUGAAGGUUCAUUCGAAUACGGUAGCUAUUACCGAGAAGUGGAUGAUUUACAUGCCGUCGUUCGACACUUUUCCAGCGGAAAUCGCGUUGUAAGCGCAAUUCUUGGGCAUAGUAAAGGGGGAGAUGUGGCGCUUCUUUAUGCUUCAAAGUAUCGAGAUAUCCGUAUAGUUGUAAACGUUGCCGGACGCUGCGACAUGAAGAGAGGCCUGGCGGAACGCUUCGGAGAAGACUUCAUGGAAAAGAUUAAGAAGGAUGGAUACAUUGAUGUCAAGCAAGGAGGUUUUGAAUUCCGUGUGACUGAGGAAGUUUUAAUGGAUCACAUAACAAUGGACAUGCGUGAACCUUGCCGUAACAUCGAUCAAGAAUGUCGGGUCUUGACGGUCCAUGGAUCAGCUGAUGAUAUGGUUCCUGUUGAAGAUGCAUCGGAGUUUGGCGAGAUUAUACCGAAUCAUCAAUUUCAGAUCAUAGACGGAGGCGAUCAUGGAUUCACCUCGCAUCAAACGGAGUUGUCACAGGUGGUCGUUAAAUUUAUAAAGGCGGCCUUAGAGGAAGACAAGGUUGAUCCGAAGUAGGUAGUUUAUGAACUCGAACUUGAUGUUAUGUAUUUAUAAUAUUCUCCAGGAACAGACGAUACAGGUGACUUCAGA